AUGGCGGAUGCGUCUGGAUCUGAAUCGGGGCAGUUGCUCAGGUACAUCGUGCUCGCGAAGAACACGAAGGGACGAGGUGCUGUGGGUGUCAUCCAGCAGGCUCUUCAGGCCCCCAACACCUUCGUUUUUGGCGAGCUGCUCGACGUAGCAAACAUUAAGGCAUUGGCCGAGGGCGAGUUCAAGGUGUGGUAUGACACCCUUGCGCUCUUCGCCUACGGCACCUUCUCCGACUACAAGGCCGCGCCCCAGAACUUUGGUGAGCUCUCGGCUCCUCUGCAGAAGAAGCUCAAGCAGCUCUCCAUCGUCGCCCUCGCCUCCAGCCAAAAGAGCCUGCCGUACUCGCUGCUGCUGGCGCAGCUCGACAUUGGCAACGUGCGAGAGCUGGAGGACUUGGUGAUCGAGUGCAUCUACGCGGGCAUCAUCAAGGGCAAGCUCGACCAGAAGGAGCAGCGCUUCCAGGUCGACUGGACGAUGGGCAGGGACAUCAGGCCCGGCCAGCUCCAGGAGAUGAUCAAGAUCCUCGACCUCUGGUGUCAGAAGUCGGAGAUGCUGAUGGGCGAGAUUCAGGAGCGGAUCCAGUACGCCAACCUGUCGCACGAGGAGCACACCAAGCAGACGAAGGAGUUUGAGCAGAGGGUGGAGGAGAUCAAGUCCAACCUCAAGGUCGCCAUGGAGGGCGACAUGCCCGCCGGCGACUUUGCCGAUGUCGACUUUGGCUUCGACUCGGCCAACAAGAAGGGACGCGGCAAGGUCAAGGGACCCGGCGCUCCGCUGGACCGGCUCAGGAGGAGGUAA